AUGGAUUCUGGACGAGGGGAUACGGAGGGAUCAAAUCCUAGCCAAAUGGAUUACAUCCCAGUCAAUGGAAGUCAACCAACACUCAACCUACCUGUACUCAGCCGACCUGCACUCAACCGACCAGCAUUCAACCGACCUGCAUCCAACCGAUCAACACUUAACCGACCAACACUCAACCGACCUGCACUCAACCGACCUGCACUCAACCAACCAGCACUCAACCGACCUGCACUCAACCCAGCAGCACUCAACCAACCAGCAUUCAACCGACCACCACUCAACCCGCCAGCACUCAACCGACCUGCACUCAACCAACCAGCACUCUACCGACCUGCACUCAACCCGCCAGCACUCAACCGACCUGCACUCAACCCGCCAGCACUCAACCGACCUGCACUCAACCCGCCAGCACUCAACCGACCUGCACUCAACCCACCAGCACUCAACCGACCUGCACUCAACCAACCAGCACUCUACCGACCUGCACUCAACCCGCCAGCACUCAACCGACCUGCACUCAACCCGCCAGCACUCAACCGACCUGCACUCAACCCGCCAGCACUCAACCGACCUGCACUCAACCCACCAGCACUCAACCGACCUGCACUCAACCAACCAGCACUCUACUAG